AGAUCUCAAAAUCUGCAUUUUAGUGUUAUUAACUUAUAUUUCUUUCCUAUAAAAUCCAGGUCUAUACUUUCUAGUGUCUAACAAUCAUGGUGGAUGCUAGCAGUCCCCGAAAUGUACUCAAUCUUCGGGAUUUCUAUGAAGGAGGAUCAUCUAUGAGUCCAUCCAGUGUACCCAAUGGUUAUAACGAAUAUGAACAGCAAGUAAUCAGUAAAGGUCUGGAGAUGCGGGUCAAGGAAGUCGAGCAGAAAAGCAUAUCAAAGAAGGAACCCACCCCAAUGGAUCCCUGUCGACCAACGAGCUCGAUGGAGAAACAAGCAGGUGGAGAAUCUGCUGUUGGAGAGGAUAGUAACAGCAAAAACGACGCUGACAUUGCGCCGAGAGAUAAGGACAGAGAAAGAUUGCGAGCAGCCACUUUUGGUGGAGCCGACGUCCACGAGCUCGAGUGGAAGAACGAACAGGCGAGUCGGGAGACCAAGGAGCUUAUCAGCCAGAUUGAGCGAUGCGAGCUCAUAAAUGUUCUCAAAGCAAAAGAAAUUAGACUCAUACAAUGCGGCGAAGGAAUCAGAGAAGAUUUCACUGAUCAGAUCAAAAACUUGCGUGAGAAGCUCCGAGAUAGCAAGCAUCGAGAGCAGGAACUUCAAACGCAACUUCAAAACAGCCUCCAGCAGCUGGUGGAAGCGACUGCUCAGAAAAUUUCACAGCGGAGCUCCUCCGCCACAAACACACAGCAGGCCAUCUACCAGCGGUAUCCGGGUGAUAUCAAUACCAUCGCCCAGCAGAGUCAACGAAUAUCUUACUUGGAGCAAGCCAAACAUCAUGCCGAGCAAAAAGCUCAAAAGUCCGCUCUCGAGACUCACCAGGCCAAUUUAGAGGCGAAAUGUAUCCGCAAAGAGCUCACGGAGUUGAGGGAGAGGAAACAACAGAAGGGUGAAAAGGUUUUCGCGUUGACCAGACUGCCUGGACAGAGAGGCAUCACGUAA